UCGCGGACGGGAUCAGUCGCUGCCAGCGCUCGCGGGAGGAAGGCAGAGCAGCACGCGGCUCUCAGUGUGAAGAGAAGCAGGGUCAGGCUAGCAGUAGGUCAGGCUGGGUUUCCUCCCCUCUCUCUCUCUCUCUCUCUCUCUCUCUGUCUCUCUCUCUCUCACCCCCUCUCGCGUGCGGAAGCCUCCGGACCCCCCCCGCCCAUGCGGGUUUCCUCCGAGCGUCUCGCACCGCAGACUGAAGUUUCGCUGGGGACCCCCCUCCCCCCCCUGAAUUUUAGGAGAGAUGUGAGCCCAGCACCGGAGACCCCCCCCCCUUUUUCCCCUCCUCCCCGCGGGACUCGCCUCCGCCGACGCUGACUCGAGUCGCCGGCCGUUCGCCCGCAGGUUCCAGCCAGGGUCGUCCACCUUCUUCUUCUUCAUCUUCUUCAUCGACGGCUUUUUCUUUUUUUCUUUUUUUUUGGGGGGGGGGGGGAAGCACCGCUGGACGAGCGCGCUGAAGGACAUGGACUACCUCCUGGGGAUUGUACUGCUGCUCUCCUGCGGGGCCGCGACGUCCGCGACCCCGGGCUAUCCGGAGCCCAGGGGCAACGUUCCCCGACUCAAGCUCUCGUACACGGAGAUGCUGGACUCGAACAAUCUGGUCACCUUUAACGGCCUGGCGAACAGCUCCAGCUAUCACACCUUCCUGCUGGACGAGGAGAAGGGCAGGCUCCUGGUGGGAGCCAAGGACCACAUCUUCUCCUUCAACCUGGUCAACAUCAACAAGGACUACAUGCAGAUCGCGUGGCCCCCUGCUCCCGCGAAGAGAGACGAGUGCAAGUGGGCUGGGAAGGACAUCUUGAAAGAAUGCUCCAAUUUUAUCAAAGUGCUGCAGCCGUUUAAUCAGACGCACCUGUACGCGUGCGGAACGGGAGCCUUCCACCCCAUCUGCGCCUACCUGGAGGUGGGGAAGCGGCCGGAGGACAACAUCUUCCGGCUGGAGGCUUCGCACUUUGAGAACGGGCGGGGAAAGAGCCCGUACGAUCCAAAGAUGCUGUCGGCCUCUCUCCUGAUUGACGGGGAGCUCUACUCCGGGACGUCGGCGGACUUCAUGGGCAGGGACUUCGCCAUCUUCCGCACGCUGGGACAGCAUCACCCAAUCAGGACGGAGCAGCACGACUCGAGGUGGCUGAACGACCCCAGGUUCGUAAGCGUGCACCUGAUCCCUGAAAGCGACAAUCCGGAGGACGACAAGAUCUACCUGUUCUUCCGGGAGAGCGCCAUGGACGGAGAGCAUUCUGGGAAGGCCACGCACUCCAGGAUCGGACAGCUCUGUAAGAACGACUUUGGGGGCCACCGGAGUCUGGUGAACAAGUGGACGACCUUCCUGAAGGCGCGGCUGAUGUGCUCGGUGCCGGGAGCCAAUGGCAUCGACACGCACUUCGACGAGCUGCAGGACAUCUUUCUCAUGAGUUCCAAGGAUCCCAAAAACCCAGUCAUUUAUGCAGUCUUCACAACAUCCAGCAACAUCUUCAAGGGCUCGGCGGUGUGUGUGUACAGCAUGGCCGACGUCAGGAGGGUGUUCCUGGGCCCCUACGCCCACAGGGACGGGCCCAACUACCAGUGGGUGCCCUUCCAGGCCAGGGUGCCCUACCCCCGCCCCGGCACGUGUCCGAGCAAAACGUUCGGCGGAUUCGAUUCGACGAAGGAUCUCCCGGACGACGUCAUCACCUUUGCGAGGGGGCACCCGGCCAUGUUCAACCCCGUCAACCCCGUGAACAACCGGCCGAUCGUCGUCAAGACGGACGUGGAGUACCAGUUCUCCCAGAUAGUGGUGGACAGGGUGGAGGCGGAGGACGGCCAGUAUGACGUCAUGUUCAUUGGAACGGACGUGGGGACGGUUCUGAAGGUGGUGUCCAUUCCUCGGGAGUCGUGGCACGACCUGGAGGAGGUGCUCCUGGAGGAGAUGACUGUGUUCAGGGAACCCACCGCCAUCACCGCUAUGGACAUUUCCACCAAGCAGCAACAGCUGUACCUGGGCUCGGCCAUCGGUGUAUCCCAGAUGCCUUUGCACCGGUGUGAUGUGUACGGGAAGGCGUGCGCUGAGUGCUGCCUGGCGCGGGACCCCUACUGCGCCUGGGAUGGUACCCAGUGCUCCCGCUACUUCCCCACUGCCAAGAGGCGGACCCGACGCCAGGACAUCAGGAACGGCGACCCUCUGACGCAGUGCUCGGACCUGCAGCAUCACGAGGACAUGAACGGCCAGGGCCUGGUGGAGAACAAGGUCGUCUACGGCGUGGAGAACAGCAGCACGUUCCUGGAGUGCAGCCCCAAGUCCCAGCGCGCCCUGGUGCACUGGCAGCUCCAGAAGCAGAACGAGGAGAGGAAGCAAGAGAUAAAGGCAGAGGACAGGUUCGUGCGGACGGAGCAAGGCCUGCUCAUCCGCAGCCUCCACAGGAAAGACUCGGGCAAGUACUACUGCCACGCGGUGGAGCACGGCUUCAUCCAGACCCUGCUCAAGGUCACGCUGGAGGUCAUCGACGCCGAGCACCUGGAGGAGCUGCUGCACAGGGACGAGGAGGCGGGCGAGGGGGGCGGCGGAGGCCGGGCCAGGGAGGCCCAGGCAGGGGGGCGCGGGGCGGGGCAGAAGCUGUGGUACAGGGACUUCAUGUCCCUCAUCAACCACCCCAACCUGAACAGCAUGGACGAGUUCUGCGAGCAGGUGUGGAAGAGGGAGCGCAAGCAGCGAAGGCAAAGGGUCCAGACCGCCCAGGCGCACGCCAACAAGUGGAAGCACCUGCAGGAGAACAAGAAGGGCCGGAACAGGAGGACCCACGAGCUGGAGAGGGCGCCAAGGAGCGUCUGACCUCCCCCUCGCCUCCCCGCUCCCCCCUUCCCCCACUCCCUCCCCCGCCCUCACCGAAAGACAGGACUCCUUCCGAGCAGACUGAAAAGAGAACUCAACUGGAAACAAAUGCGAUACGCUCCCGUUCCAAAAAGUGGUUCGCUUGUUUGAAGAUGUUUACAAUGGCAUUGGCGGUAAAGACGCGAUCACACUUGACCCCCCACCCCCAC